UGUCGUGUAAAGUGAAUUUGAAUCAGGGAGCGCGAAUUAUACAAUUAAAUACAGUUAAGUACAGUAUAACUACACAUUAACAUUAUACUAAACUUCAAUGUAUGGUUGGAGCUUACACGGUUGUUCGAAAAGAAACAGGGUUGGCGUUACGAAUAAGCUAAGAGCAAAGUUAUUAGUUCAGUUGACUACCCUGCAAGCUAACUUAUUGCAACGCUGCUAUCUGAUAGCUGUUGUUACCCAUGAGAUCAGUCAUCAUAUCAAGUUAGUCAACGUACCUGGCUUCUCGUGGAUGCAUAAAAUUAGACAACAGUGAGUUAGUUUAAGUUAGUUAAUUCAAUACUUCGUCAUCCUCUGACGGCUGGUGUGGGUAUUGGUAGGUCAGACUGACAGACACACGCCACUGCCUUCGUCGUCGCAGAGGAGAAAUGGAGGAGACCAGGGACAGGACUUACCUGUAUUUGUGGACAUACAGCCAGUUUCAGCGGGAACUAUCAGAGUGGGAUGACAUUAAUAAGCUCCUGCAGCGUCAUGGCUUUAAACCGGUUCAGUUUGCUGAUCCUGUGGAGAAUAAGAACCUGUCAGAUUUGGUUCUUCUGGAGAAGAAAGCGGCUGGUGACAUCCGGACCAUGUUGCGGACCAUGCUGGCCGACUCGGACAGGAGACAGGCCCUUAUUCAGGAGCUCAUCCAGUCCAAUAGCCAGCUCAAAGAGGAGGUCCAGCAGCACCAGAGCCGUGCAGCACGGCAUUCCCAGCGGGCCUUGGAGCUGGAGGGGGUUCUGGACGGCGUGAAGGGCAAGGUGCAGGACCUGGAGGACCGUUACAUCAGUAAAGCCUCCCAGCAGCACAGCGUCUUCCAGCAGCUGCAGCAGCACAAGACGGAGGCCGAGAGUCGAUGUGAAGCUCUGGAGCAGAAGCUGUCCCUGGAGGAACGACAGGUGGAACAGCUCCAGAGGAAGCUCUACUACGCUGUGAAGGAGGAGGAGCGCAGGGUGGGCCGCCAGAACCAGGCCUUCCAGCAGAUCCACAAGAGGACCGCCAGAACACACUCCCCCACUGACCAGCAGAUUCUUGACGUCAUUGAUGUCUAUGAGUCCCAAAUGGAACAAAUGCGGAAUGAACUCAAGACCCUUAGGGAGCCUGGAGAGAGUGACACCUCAAAUGGGCAGCCUGAGCGAACCUCCUCAGACAACUCUACAAACCACAAAGCCUCAGACAAUUCUACAAACCACAAAGCCUUACUCAAGUCGUACCAGGAGCAGCUGAGGGACACUAAGGCCCAUCGGGAGGAGCUGAGGAGGGAGAUCCAGCAGCUGAAGCAGGACCUGGACUCAAGGCCCACGGUGAAGGAGCUGAAGUCCUACAAGCAGCAGCUGAGGAGGAUGGAUCGGAUCAUCCAGCAGACUAACCUCAAGUCUGCUCAGGAGCCUAAGACUGAAGAGACCACAGAGGUCGAGAACAUCGACCACAUGCAGGCCUCGGCCUGCCGUGCUCUCCUCAAGUCUGCCUGUGUGGAGCUGGGGGUGCACGAUGUGAAUCACCUGUUACCUGCACUGAAAUCCAGGCCUAGAGAAGCAAACUCAACUCAUCUGGAGAAGGUCCUCCAUGAUGUGAGUGCUCUGCUGGCCAGUCCCAGGGCACCGUUGCAGCUCCUGAGGCAAAGACCCAGCAGACAGCCCCUAGACCAGGCCUUCCUGCCUGGGGAGCUCCAGGGCAUCCUGCCCACUCUGGAGGUUUGGCGGGAGCAGCUGGCAUCUCUCAAGGAACUGCACCACUCUUUGACGAAACUGGUGAAGCGCCUGCUGCCGUGGCAGGUGUGUGAAGAGCACAGGCCCGCUGCAGAGGGGGUGAAGGUGGAGGACCUGCAACUGCUGGUGGACACUCUGCUGGAGGAGACGGCUCCUGCAGACAAGGUGCUCUGCAGUCCCACGAAGAACACACUGCAGUCCAUGGUUGCCCACUUCCAGAAGCUGUUUGACGUCCACUCCCUGAGGGGUGUGUACCCUCGCAUGAACGAGGUCUACACACGACUGGGCGAGAUGACCAACGCCAUGAGGAACCUCCGGGAUGUCCUGGACCUUGAUGAAAAAGCCCCGUCCAGCGAGGUGGUCAACCAGGUGGCCAGAAUAGCCUCCCCUACUGAAGACUUCACCACUCAACAAGUACACAGCCUGCUAGAAACGAACGACAUCGACAGUAUUAUUUUAAGGCUGAAGGAGCAUGAGGAGUUCUUUCCGACUUUCCACUCCCUAGUGCUGGAGCUGCUGCAGACACUUGAUGUCCAGAGGAUAGAUGACAUUGUGCCUGCACUGAGGGUGCUGAAGUCCAGGGUCCCCUGAUUGUUUGUUUUAGUGUGUGUGUGUGUGUGUUUUGUAUAUUUAUAAA